AUGGUCAAGGACAACCCAAAGACUCAGCCCAAGAAGACGGCGGCGCCCAAGAAGUCGCGCUCAGCCAUCUCCGAUGUCGUCGCCCGCGAAUACACCAUCCACCUCCACAAGCGAGUUCACGGCGUUAGCUUCAAGAAGCGAGCCCCUCGCGCGAUCAAGGAGAUUCGCAAAUUCGCGACUCAAGCCAUGGGCACCUCAGACGUCCGCCUCGACCCCCAACUGAACAAGAAGGUCUGGGAGUCCGGCAUCAAGGGCGUCCCCUUCCGUCUGCGCGUGCGCAUCAGCCGCAAGCGUAACGACGAGGAGGGCGCGAAGGAGAAGCUCUACAGCUACGUUCAGGCCGUCAACGUCAAGGACAAGGAAGCCAAGGGCCUGCAGACCGUUGUUGUCGAGGACUCAUAG